AUCUUGGUUUCCCAAUAUUUAAGCACGCACACCUAACCUCAAGUGACAUGGAAUAUAAUAUGAACAAAGUAUCUGAACGCUUCUCAGCCCCUAACUCUGAUAUCAUUAUCAGAUCGUCUGACGGUGUUCACUUUCAAGUUCAUCGAGAAAACCUCGCCCUGCAUUCUGGUAUCUUUCCAGGGGAGGAGAUGAGCACCAGAGAUGAGAUCGUCAAUCUUCCUGAGAGCUCUGAGGUCUUGGAACUCCUCUUUCAAUAUAUGUAUCGGCAACGACAACCAGAGCUUUCCAAAAUUGAUACAUCACUCCUAAGUUCUCUUGCACAUGCAGUGGAGAAAUACGAGGUCUUUUCUGCUACCGAGGUAUGCAAAAUGCAUAUGUGGAGCCGCAUAGACGAUUUUCCUUUGGUAGUGUUACAAUUCGCAGCGCAGCACGGUUAUCACGAUAUAUGCGACAUAGCCGCCC